CGAUGAUUACCACUCCUUUGCUUUUGUUUCUCCCCUCUCCCUCUAUUUAUAUCUCUCUCUCUCGCCGGCGCUGUAAAUCUCCCAACCCCCAAAAGAAGAAGAAGAAAACAUUUGGUGAAUAGUAUUUUUUUAGUUUCGUUGAAAGGGAGAGAUAUAGAGAGAGAGAAUUGCGAUUUUGAUUAAUUCAUUUGAUGCCGUGAAAUUCUCUAAUAAGAUUCAAAAAGAAGAAGAAGAAGUUGAAUUGAGCAGGAUGGUUAAUACUUUGGUCAAGGUUGAGAAUUAGAGAAAAGAGAGCAAAGUAUUCGAAUCAGCUGCCACGUUUGGUUUUUGAACUUUUUUUAUUAGAGAAAUGGAUCGGUGUGAUACCUCAGGAUUUGUAAGCGGAGGUGGAGAUGCUUAUAAGGUCUUCUAACUCUUAGUACUACUGCUGCUGUGGCUUUUUCUCUCUUUUACCCCACCCCGGGAAGUUUGUGGUGUAUAGUAUUCAUCUUCUUAGUUGUGAACAUGCAUGCCAGAUUCCAAAACACUGGCUUUGCUGCUAAGUCUUCACCAAAUUCAUUUAAGAUCUUGGGCCGUUCCCUUCAAGUCCAAGAAACAGAGGCCGGCGCUGAUACCACUCUGCGUCUUGAUUCCCUUGCCUCUCCCCUGUCUAACUCCUCAAAGGGUACUAAAAGGAAAUGGAAGGGUCAAGAAGCUGAUCCUUUACUCUCCUUGACGCUUGGUCACUCCUCAAGCUCUUCUGAUAAUAGCAAAGGGAGUUCAGCAACUGCUGCUUCCAUGAGUUUAUUAUCUUCUUCCAAAGAGAUGGAGGAGGCGUCCUCGAUGGAUAUUGAGCUGGACUUUACCCUCCAUCUUGGCAACCGUAAACCAGCUAAUCUGAAAAUGAAAGAGUUGCAGGUCCCCUCCCCAGAAUUUGAUCUCGAAUUGAGUCUUUCAGGUGGAGGAGGAGGCUCCUGUCAUUCUGAGAUCACUGCGGUCCAGCAGCAGCAGCAGGCGAGCCAGUUUCCAACUCUUGCGGACAUGUUACGUGCUACUACUAAUGAAGGAUCCACAUCAGGUGGUGGCUGGAGACCAGGGUUUGCAUCCGCAUCGGCAUCACCUGCAUUGCAAGCUUUAUCAAGGAAAGAAACAACCUCCUUCUUAGCUCAUGCUCCUAAGAAGAUAAUUAUUCCUUCUUCUGCUCCUCAUCAUGUUCUAGACCUGUCAUCUAGCACGACAACAACAACACCAAUAAGCUCGGGUACAUGUACUUCCGUUUUAUCUCAGCAGCUGAAGCCACAGCAUAAGAGUUCUUCUAGUUCCAAGUUGUGUCAAGUUGAAGGAUGUCAGAAGGGAGCAAGAGGCGCGUCUGGCCGUUGCAUUUCCCACGGUGGUGGACGUAGAUGCCAGAAACAUGGUUGCCACAAAGGAGCUGAAGGUCGAACUGUGUACUGUAAAGCCCAUGGAGGUGGGCGUAGAUGUGAGUUUCUUGGAUGCACCAAAAGCGCUGAAGGCCGUACUGACUUUUGUAUAGCACAUGGAGGUGGUCGAAGAUGCAGCCAUGAGGAUUGCACACGAGCUGCUAGAGGAAGGUCAGGGCUCUGCAUCAGGCAUGGUGGAGGAAAGAGAUGCCAAAGAGAGAACUGCACUAAAAGCGCUGAAGGGCUUUCUGGACUCUGCAUCUCUCAUGGAGGUGGUCGUCGAUGCCAGUCUAACGGAUGCACGAAAGGAGCGCAAGGGAGCACUAUGUUCUGCAAAGCACACGGUGGUGGGAAACGGUGCACAUACUCUGGUUGCACCAAAGGCGCGGAAGGAAGCACGCCGUUCUGUAAAGGACAUGGAGGAGGUAAACGAUGUGCCUUUCAAGGAAACGAUCCUUGCUCCAAGAGUGUUCAUGGAGGUACUAAUUUCUGUGUGGCUCAUGGCGGUGGUAAGAGAUGUGCGGUUCCUGAAUGCACGAAGAGCGCUAGAGGGAGGACUGACUUCUGUGUCAGGCACGGUGGAGGGAAGAGGUGCAAGUCUGAAGGAUGCGGGAAAAGCGCGCAAGGCAGUACUGACUUUUGCAAGGCGCAUGGAGGAGGGAAGCGUUGUGCGUGGGGUCAUCCCGAGACUGAGUACGCGGGUCAAUCUUCUUCUGGUCCUUGUAGUUCGUUUGCUAGAGGUAAGACUGGUCUCUGUGCGCUUCAUAACAGUCUGGUUGAGGAUAACCGGGUUCACGGAGGAAUGACUGUGACUUCGGAGAGCCAAGAACCGAGACGAAGCAGCAGCGAGACAGAGAACGAGGAAGAGUUUAGUGGCUCUCAAGACAUGAUGAACAUGGAUAGGAUGAAAGGGAGAAGCGCUGUUGGGUCUCCAGAGACUGAUAUUGAUCUCAAUGAGAAUGAAGCAGGAUUGGGGUUGGCUCCAGAAGGAAGAGUCCAUGGUGGAAGUUUGAUAAUGGCGAUGUUGGCUGGUAGAGAGGGUGGCUCUGGCUCAGGUUCUGGUUCAAGCAACCUGCCUAAGAGGUGGAUGUAAGUUAAUAUUGUCUUCAGUUUGCUUCCGGUCUUAAUUCUGCACGUGUGGAGUAGUAUGUUGGCACGUGAUAGUGAAGGCGUUACGAGUCUUGUGUUUGUUCUUGUUUAGGUUUGUGCUUAGAGACUACAAAAGGGAUCAAAGUCUCUGUUCUCUGUCUUAUUUUCCUGUAGAUAUUGAAUUUAUGGGUUCACGCAAGGUUAUUGUGAAUUGUCAAAACAGUCUGUCUUAUGAUGACGAUAAUGACGAUGAUGAGAAUAAAGUCAUGUCUUUGUUUGCA